CACUGCCACAGCCCAGCAUGGGGACAGCCUCCAGGGUGGUGUGUGCCCUCCUCAUCCUCUGCACGCUGUGCUGGCACAGCCUGGCUCAGAGAGCUCCAGCCAUGCCGGACAAGUGCUGCUUCAACUUCCAGACCAGGAGGAUCAAGAGGGACAACGUGGUGGCCUGCUACCCCACCAGCCCCGAGUGCCCGCACCAGGCUGUGAUCUUCAGGGUGAGGAACGGGAAGGAGAUCUGCACCCAGGCCAGCAGAGCGUGGGUCAAGAGGUACCAGCAGAGCUUCCAAGUCAGCUCCUUCUCCAUCCCCAGCUAGUGGGGUGGCUGGGGACAGCCCCGUGGGGGACAGCACCCCGGCAGAGGGGACACUUCUGGGUGGAGCAGCUCACAAGGGACAUCCUCCCCAUCACCAUGACCCUCACCACAGGAGGAGGCCUUCUCCAGCCUUUGCCAGCCCAGCAGGAUGGGGUGCCCAGACUCUCUGUGGUCCACGGAGAGGCUGCAGCAGGCGGGGGGUGAAGGGGGAGCAGCUCCACAUUUGUUUUUUGUCGACUCUGAACAGAAUUAAACGCGAU